AUGGAAUUCAAGCCUCUUCAAUGAUUUUUUGUCCUGAACUCGUGCGAAAAAGAUUACUCAAAAUCACCCUAUAUCCAAGAAUAUUUUUCCGCGAUUUCAUCUUUUGCUUUUUUUGUUCCUUAUAUUAUAAGAAUCCUUCUCCUUCGUAGAGUUUCAUUGCCAAAUGGUCUCAUUAAGAUGUAUUACGCUUUAAUAUUAGUAGGGAUUACAAGCACAAUUUUCCAUUCCAGAUUAUCGUAUCUUACACAAAAUAAUUCUUUUAUGUAAUUUUCCUAAUGAUUUUUAAUAAAAAUCGCUAUUUUAUAAAAAAAUAUUAAAAAAAAAUUAUUAUAUUUACUGUAAAAAAUUGUACCUAUCUUACACAAUUUAUUGAUAUGACAUCUAUUCUUGUCACACAGCUGAUUUUUGCCAAAAUUAUUGAUAUGAAAAUUCCUAAAACCUUUGAAAAACUUAUGAUGAUUUUUUAUGUUUUAAGCUUUGUGCAUCCUUUACCUUUGUCAUUAAAUCUUGUGAUAUUGUUUAUUCUAUUUUCGAGAUGGACUUUUUCGACUGUCUCAAGAAUUAUCCUAUAUGAAGCUUUAAUAAAUUAUUUUAGAAAAUAAAAUAUUCUUACUCCCCCCCCCUCCGUGAGUGAACAAAACCAUUAGAAAAUACGCCCCAAAAAACCCACCCUCCGUGAAUGAACAAAAAUUUUUUAUUGAAAAAAAAUUUGAUAUAUAAGUGAUAAUUAUUAUAAUGCAAUCUCGAGCUAAUUCUGUUUAAUUUUAAAGAAAUUGCUUUUUUAAAACAUAAAUUUUACAAAUUAAAUUAAUAUUUGCUUUCCAAUUUUUGCAAAUUAGGAUUUUUUAAAAUUUCGAAAAAAAAUUUUUUAUAAAAUUUAUAUAUAAAUAUUUUUUAAAAAACAAAUUAACCCCCCUCCGUGAGUGAAAAAAAUUUUUUUGUUCGCUCACGGAGGGGGGGGAGUUAGAUUUUUGGGGAAUUAUAUUAGAUGAGGGUAUAAUAUGAUGAAAUUCACCUUAAUAGCAGGAGUAUCACUAAUUUUGAAGCUCUGUGCCUUAUUUUGCAUACCACUAGAUCUAAUAUGCACAGGCUACGAAUAUUUUCACGGUUUUUGGCAUAUUUUUAUAGCUGCAUAUUGCUUCACAGGACUGAUAGGUAUCGAGCUUCUCUUGAAAUCUGGCCAUCUGAAGCCAAAAGUGGUCGAAUCCAAGCUGCUUUAA